AAAAUCAAACAACAACCAACAAAAUUUUGAUAAAAAACCAGUUUUAGUUUAUGUUGUAUUCUAUGGCUUUGGCCUUGGAGUAGCUCUAGCAAACUUCAUGGCUUCUUCAUAUUAUUCAAGUUGCUGUUUCUUCAGCUGUUGCUCCUUUGCAUCACUUCCCAACUCAUCCUCAACCACACACUUCUCCUUAUCUUUUUCUCACUCUAUCCUUAAUGGGCACUAUGGAGUUUCACUUACCAAAGCUGGGUCUAGCUCAAGGAUAUGUGCCAAGUUUGACAAGUUCCAAGGUGAGACUCCCCUAGACAGUCUUGAAGUUGAAGCAGUCACACCCUCUACUUUGCCAGCACAGCCACAAAUAGUUCAAGAAGAAGUAGAAGAAGAUGACAGUUGCUUGCCUCCUGACUUGGAAGGAGCAGUCCGGCAAUCAAGUCAAGCAAGUGGCCUAUUUCUGUCUUCUGGAGGAAUGAGAGCCAUAGUUGAGCUCCUAAUUCCUCAGUUGCAGUUUCUAGAUGAUGAAGGUGCACAAGCUGAGCUCUGGGAUCUGUCAAGGGUUUUCUUGGAUACACUAAUUGAAGAGACAGGAUGUCAGAGAAUUAAAGCCAUAUUUCCAGAUGCUGGUGCUGCUGCACUUCUAAAAUACCGGUGGAAGGAUGCCACUUUUGGAUUUGCCAGCUUAAGUGAUAGAAAGCCUGUAGAAAGGGAAGACGAAAUUGUGGUUAUGGUUGUUCCUGACUACCAGAUGUUGGAAUAUGUAGAGAGAAUUGCAUCUGACCUCUCAGAUGAUCCGCCAAGGCCUCUCAUCAUGUGGAACCCACGUCUCAUCAGUGAAGAUGUUGGAGUUGGUUUUAAUGUUCGGAAGUUAAGGCGGUAUUUUUUACGCACUUUUACAACAGUAUACUCAAUGAGACCUCUGCCAUCUGGAGCUUUGUUUAGGUGUUAUCCAGGAUUAUGGAAGGUCUUCUACGAUGACAAGGAUAGGCCAAAUAGAUACCUUCUUGCUAAAGAACUCAUAAGUCGUCCUGAUGCUGAGGAUCUUGAGAUAAUAUAUGGAGAUGUAGAGGAGAAGUCAGGGCAAGGUCCAUCUUUAUUUGAUAAUGCAGUGGGCAUCUUCUCUUCAUUAAAUCGCUUCAUGAAAGCCAUUUCAAAAUAGUCCUCUGUUUUUUUCUUUUCUUAUAUAUAGAGAAGGGCCCUUUGCAUUUGUUCAGAAUCAAUAUAUUUCAAUCCAACAUUAUUACUCAAUAAAUUUUGUAGCUUGAAUUCUAAAUUAUAAUGCAUAAUUUGGAUUUCAAUAUCUCA